AUGCUUUCCCGCCUCCGAGUUCCUAUGACGCGCGCGCUGUCGUCCACGUCUGGCGUGCCAUGGAACCAGCUCACGCACGUGAACAAAGAAGGAACCACGCCGUGUAUGGUCGACGUAAGUUCGAAACCGGCCACGCGACGCGCGGCCACCGCUCGCUCGACUGUCCGCUUUCCCCCGGCGGUUUUAGCUGCAAUUCAACAGGGCGACAGUGCUAAAACGUCGGUUUUAUCAAGUUCCAAAGGUCCCAUCAUCACGACUGCCGUCAUCGCAGGGAUCUUGGGCGCAAAACAGACGAGCGCGCUCUUGCCUUUCUGCCACCCGCUGUCCCUAGAGAACUGCCACGUGCGACUCGACGUGCGCGAGCCAGAUGCGAUCGAUAUCGAAUGUCACGUGCAGGUGACGCAUAAAACGGGCGUCGAAAUGGAAGCGCUCACUGGCGCCUCCGUGGCCGCGCUGUGUGUUUACGACAUGUGCAAAGCGUUGAGUCACGAGAUUGUGAUUGAGCAGACGCGGCUCGUGCACAAGACGGGAGGCAAGAGGGACGUCGAGGCUUUGUAG